AUGCCAAAUGUGCCCUUCACACUCCGCUGGUUGACUCCCUUCCUUUCCCCACCCUACUGUGCUGGGAGUGUUGAUCCAAGUUUGCAGUUUAAGUCCGCAAUCCUCUUCCAGGUUCUAUCGGAUUCUUCCUCUUGCCUCGUAGGACCCGUCUCUUAUCCUUCUGAUUCAGUGAUUUCACUCGAUCACUGCCAUCCGAUCCGUGCUACUCGAGGCGUUGUGCCCUACACUGCCUCAAGCCUUUCAUAG